AUGAAAAUUUUAAAAGAUUAUAAAAGAAAAGAUAUAAAGAUAUUUUUAUAUAUAAAAAAAGAAUUUCUUACAUUGAAAUGUAAAAACCAGUCUUAUUGUUUGAAACUUAAUAAUUUAAUUAACGAUAGACAAAAAGCAAUAUUAAUUAUUAUUUCAUAUAUUUUCUUAAAAAAUAUUAAUAAUUUAUUUAUGAAAGAUGUUUCGUUAGAUUUAAUGCAGAAUUAA